AUGUUAGACUGCUGUGUACUGACAGAAAAAAAUGUGAGGUUGGUUGGUGGUCACAAUCGCUGUGCUGGUGAAGUGGAGGUUCUUCAUAGAGGUCAGUGGGGAAGAGUGUGUGAUAUUGGCUGGGAUUUGGCUGAUGCUGCAGUGGUGUGUAGAGAGCUGGACUGUGGAGAACCUGUAGAUAUUCUGAGUGGUGAUCAAGUUGGACCCGAAUCAGGAUCAAUCUGGAUAAAUAAUGCAAUGUGCACUGGAUCUGAGUCCAUGCUGAAAAAGUGUGGAUUAGCCACAUGCAUUUUAAAUGGUGUGUGUCAUCAUGGUAAGAGUGCUGGAGUCAUCUGCUCAGAUGUCAGGCUGGUUGGAGGUUCUCGCUGUUCUGGGAGGUUAGAGAUACUUCAUGAUCAGUCGUGGAUGUCAGUGUGUGACGCUGUCUUUGACCAGCAGGAUGCAGAGGUUGUGUGUAGAGAGCUGGACUGUGGGGCUCCUGUACAGGUGCUGGGAGCAGCUGCUUUUGACAAAGGAGACGCUCAGAUGUGGACACAAGAGAUUCAGUGCAGAGGAAAUGAGUCUCAGAUUCACCUCUGUCCAACAUCACCAUCACAUGAAAACAACUGUUCUCAUGACAACAGUGUUGCACUGGUGUGUGCAGGUUAG